AGCGCCUUCUCUUACAGUUUACACUUCCGUGUCUGUGACCCUGUACGUCCAUGGAUGUGGAUGUGGCUCAAAGAGGUUUGGCUACGCCUGUAGACGAAUUUCCCAGACGACUUCUCGACGACCUUGGAGUAUGUUUGGACAAACUCGACGUCGUUCCGGGACGUGAUUGGAGACGACUCGUCGAUCUACUCGGUCUGAGUCAAGAGGACAAAGGUAUCGUUGAACGAUCUCCGAAGAAAACCGAAGUGGCAUUACGGCUUUGGAAGUAUCGCGUGGGCGUUAGUGAGAGCACUGCGUACGCUCUGGUCGAGAUUCUCAAAGAUAUGGGCCGCAACGACGUGGUCAGGGAAGUGGAAUGUUUUCUCGGCUCACACUCGUCCAUGAGUGCGAUGGAGAGAGAAGCUUUACAGGAGUUUCAACAGCUAGACGAAGCUGCUAAAAGAGGAGACAACGAGACACUAGCGAAAAUCAUCGGUGACAGAUCGGGCCAAGACCUAGAGUCAAAAAUGUUUCGUUCUCCUCUACAUUCUGCUGUCUAUUACCGUCACUUUGAUACAGUAAAGUUUCUCAUUGAAAAAGGAUUUGAUUUCAAGAAGAAAGAUUAUAAAGGAGUAACACCUCGUGAUAUGGCAGAUGAAGAAGAAAUUAUCAAAUAUCUGGAUAAGCAAGUGACAAAACAAGACGAAGUACCAUUUACUGCAGCACAAAUAGGAAGAACCGCUCUAGAUGAAGCUGUUUUCAGAGGUGAUACAAAACGAAUAAGAGAACUUUUGGCAGCCAAUUGUGACGUAGACCAGGCUGCUCUACCAGGACUACCAAAUUUGUGGACCCCUCUACACACUGCAGCUGCUACGGGUAAUUUAAUUGCUGCACAAUUACUAGUUGAAAAUGGUGCCAAACUUGACAUCCAAUGGGAUUGUGCAUUCAUUCCAGAAGAUAUGGCCAUGAAAUAUGGACACAAUGCUGUAGCUGAUUAUCUCAAAAUGCAGAGAGAUCAAGAAGAGCAGUGUCUUCAGCUACCAGGGCAGACGAUCACCAUCUUUUUAGAAGGUGAUGAUACCCCAACAGAGUAUCAAAUCAAGUCAUCCAGCCUUUCAGAUAUAUUGAAUGGGAUAUCUGAAAUGAUGGGAGUUCGUGUCACAAAUUUGAGAAACAGAAGGAACAAUGUGGACAUACAUCAAGCAAAAUAUCUUCUUUUUGCAAAUGAUGUCAUUGCAUGUACCAAUGAAAGUGGGAAUGAUGUAAAAGAAUCUCUUGAUGACAAUUCCGUUAGACCUUCAGCAAACAGUAGAGACGAAGACGAACAAUUUGUGGUCUCUGUUCAAUGCUUUUCCAAGUAUUGGUUCAGCCCUCCGGAAAAGCUCGAGUUCACAAAGAAAGACGAAUACAACAAUAUUCUUGAUAAAGCAUCUCAUCAGCUAGGAAUGCAAGUAGAUUGUCUUUACACGAGUGAGAAAUUGUCCAAAAUUAGAGACACUGGAGUUUUGUCAACCAAACGCAGAGUCAUAGCAGCAACCAAGAGCGACACACCCAAGAUUAAAGAAGAAGCUGGAACACUAGUUUUUCCUAAAUUAGUUGGAGACGAGCAGUCAAAAGUAUUCAAGAGUGAUGGUGGUGUUCUCUUCAAUUUUCAACAUGGUGUGCUUAUAGAAGUGCCUCCUGGAGCUGUGAAAGAAGGAGAAAGUGUGAAGAUGAAAGUGUACAUUGCGGUCCCUGACAAACGUAUGGACUUGUGCAGUGAAUGGGGUCGUCUCUACCCGGUUAGUCUUCCUGUGGUGGUGGUGACUGACCCACCAGGUCACAUCUUUCUCAAACCGAUCAAGCUGCGUAUUCCACACUGUGGAGUGUACGAGCCCAACUGGCAGCCUCAAAAUAUUGCAGUCCUCACGUCCAGUUUUGAUUUGCCAUUGAAGUCUCAACUAGAGUUUCGUCGACUGCCAGAAGAUGCAAUAGAAGUGAAGGACAGACAUGUUGUUAUUCGAUUGUUCAAUUUCUCUUGGUUUUGGGUGUUUACCGAAAAGGCCGUUUUUAGUCGUCAGUGCACGGUGGCUCUCUACACUCCAUCUGAUCAGUAUAUAAGACAAACACAAGAUAGAUUCCACGCCAAGAUAUUUGUCUUCCCAAAGCUCCAUUUCUGCUCUUCGAUUGCAGAUAAAGAAAUUGGUUGUUCGGCAGAGGGAGCCGGAGCUUCCAUUCAGUACGUUUUACGAGCAAGAAGAACGUUUGUAGUGACGUCUGAAGGAAACGUCAACAUUGACAUAGAGAACAAAGGAAGCGAUGACUGGAAAAUCAUACCAACGAAUUUGUCCAUAUCUUUCAACCAAUUGUGGCACCUUUUGUACACAAGCAGUCUCAAAAGAGCAGUGUACGACGUAGAUGUGUCUAUGACAUGGAUUGCUGACAGUGAGAGAAAGAAUGACAGACCUAUUCAGUUGCAGAUUUGUCUGAAAGGUCAACAUGUAUCUUCUCAAUCUUGCUCACUCCAAUUGUUCAUCGAUCUUCCCAGAUCUAACACUCCAUUGAGAGUAUUGCCUCCAACAGUUGAAGAUAAUCUGAUCAAAUUGUUUGAUGUUAUUGCCGGAGAUGAAAACGAGCGUGGGUGGUAUGCAUUAGGAGCAGAGCUCGGUAUGACACGUGAUGAGUUGGAAGCUUUGAAACAUGAACGACGCCCCACCAAAAUCAUAUUGGAUAACUUUGUUGCGCGUUAUGGAGAAAUACAGGAACUCAUAGACGCUGUAGAGCAUCUUGGAUAUGGAAGCAACCUCCUUACUUGAAGAACGUUGACGUUUGACUUGAAACGUGGACUGAUCAAAUGUUGGGAUAUACUAAUGCACUAGAGAUUGCGUUGUUAGCUAGAUUGCAUGCUGAUGAGUGUUUGCAUGAGAUUGCUGUUUAGUAGUUAAUUAGUAUGUUUGCUGUGCUGCCCUGAACAAGAUUGACUCAACUAGAACUAUUCAUAAACAGCUAUUGUCUACUUUAGUAGUGGCAAUGUUUUCGUUUGCAAGCUAUGCCUAGUUAGGUUGCCUUCAAUAUAUAUAUGUACUGUACUGUCAAAGAAUAUACGUGUAUCUAGCUGC